GCCACCCAGCAUCCCAUUGUGGGUGUAGGAUGGGGAACGAUGGGGUUUCCCAGCUUCUCCCCAAGCACAGCCCCCAUCCCACCUCCUGGGGCGCCCACGUGGUGCCCCAAACCAUCUUCUACUCCACCUUCCCACCCUCUGCAGCUGCUGCAAGGCCAUCGCCCUGUGGCCAUGCAUCCCAAGCCCACAUCUGCUGCAGGGGAACCUUCCUUGCCUCUCACUUGCCCACCUCUCUCCCUCUCAGUGCUCCGGCAUCCGUCGUGCUCACCUCGCCCACACUUCUCCCACGUCUGCCCCAACACCUGGCUCGGUUUCCAAGGGAAAUGCUUUUAUUUCUCGGACAACGAGAGUGACUGGAACAGCAGCAGAGAGCACUGCCAGCGCCUCGGAGCUUCCCUGGCCACCGUGGACACGGAGGAGGAGAAGGCUUUCAUGCUGCGGUACCAGGGCCCAGCAAACUGUUGGCUUGGGCUGCACAGGGCAGAAGGGGACGAGCACUGGAUGUGGGCCAACGGCAGCGCCUUCACCAACUGGUCAGUGUGUGCGUCCGUCUGUCUGGCUGGGAUCUCUGACAGGGUCUGUUUGGGAUGGGCUGGGGAAUAUAAUUUUUCCCUUUAUAAGCUUUCCAUGCCAUGGCUGUGUGCUGGAAUCUGCCUCUUUCCAGCAGUGCUGCAGCUGUUCCCGCAUGAAACCACGCAGCUCUGCUGCUCGUUAUCUCUCAGAGAAGAUGUUUAA